GAAAGUUUGCGUUGUUGAACUUUAUGUGCUCUGAAAGAGUCGUUCAGUCAACGUUAAUCACAUGCUAAAGCUAUGCUUUGUUAGCUGGGAAUGUGUUAUUCUGUGUUUCUGCACCUCUGCAGUCACAGGACGGUCUGAUCUUCAUCUAGAUGAUGAUUCUCUGCUCAUCAUGACUGACUGACUUUUGCUCACAGUGGAAGUUUCUGGAGUUCUUCAGGAUCUGACAGCAAGACGGGUUUAUCAUGAAUAUUGUGAGCUCUUCAGUCUGACAGAAUGGAGAUCAGGCUCAUGGAACAGGUGAAGCUGAAGGAGGAACUGGAGCGUCUGGACAGCAGAAGAAACACACCGAACCAGAGCAGAUGUGAAUGUCAUCAGGUAUCAUCUGGACAUCAGUGGAAGCGCAGCAAAGCCCAAGAACAGCAUGCUGAGAAGAUCUUCAGACAGCAGAGGCUUCCAGAGUCCAGACGAGACGCAUCUGGAGUUCCUGGAGCACAGCGGCAGCGUCUCACGCAGAGCUUCAAGAGCCACAACAAAACCUUCCACAAACUCUUCCCUGAGGUCCCCGAGACGGAGGAUCUGGAACACGUGCACACCUGCGCCCUGCAGAAGGAGGUGAUUUACCACGGUAAGAUGUACCUGUCCAGUCAACACAUCUGCUUCCACUCGUCUGUGCUGCUGAAGGACACCAAGGUGAUGAUCCACAUGUCCAGCGUUCAGAGCAUAAAGAAGAAGCACACAGCUAAGAUCGUUCCCAACGCCAUCGCCGUCAUCACCACAGAUGGACACAAGUAUCUGUUCGUGUUGUUUCUGAAUCGAGAAGCGUGCUUCAAACUGCUGCAGUCGCUCUGUGCACAGCUGCAGAUGGAGAGCAGCAGCUGGAAAUCCUCCACUCCUGAUGUGGAGAUCGACACGAUUUCCAGCCAGUCGAGUCUAGAGGAGAAUCCUGAGAAUCACUCGAUUCGUUCGGCAGACGAGAGUCGAGCUCUCCAGCCAGAAACACGAAGCAGCUCAACGCCACACGAUGACCCCAGCAGAGAGAUCAGCACGCCGGAGCAACACAGCACAGCGGUCUCCUGGGUAACCGUGGUAACAGAGAAGGUCAGCUCCGUUCUGUCGUCCAAUGAGACGCAGAGCCUGAACAAACUCCUGCUCUUCUACGUGAUGCUUGCGAUUCUUCUCCUGUUGUCGUCUGGUUACAUCGGUUUGCGGAUCAUGGCGCUGGAGCAGAAGCUGAGCAUUCUGGGAUCGAUGCCGGAGUUCACAAUGCAGACAGAGUGA